UCCUUUCGGUUGGUUGUUUGUGUAUCGUCCUCUGCAUUCCUUGUCCUGGUACUUGGUUCUUGGCUCGAAUCUAUAAUCUCCUCCGACAGCUCCAUAUCUGCAUCUUUGUCUGGUUGAUUCACGCUUGAUUGCGAACCUGUUUCCUUAAUUGAACUGCUUGCUCUUAAUUGUAAUUUACUUGUUACGUUACUCUCCUCGUCAUUCUCUGUCUCUAUCAUGUCCUCUAUACUAUCCAAAAACUCGGCUCCUUGCUCUUCCUUUCUCGUUCGUUUUGCCACUCUCCUUACGAUAUGGGUUGAAUCUAUUCCCCCGUCCGAUCGGGGGAAUUUCUGACAUCGUCCAGCUGUUCCUUUUGUUCGGUCAACUUUAUGAUCCUCAAAACUGUGACAACUCAACUACCCCGCGCUUGCUAUAACCUCUUAACCAGAGAUAAAUUACUCGAUCACUCUGUGCGUCCGAUCGCUAGCACGGUCGGAACGCGACUCCAAGGACUUUCAAUUCUAACUUUGUAGGUUAGCUAGAGUAACGCAACGCAUACACGCAAACGCAUACGGAAAAGAUACAGAAAAAUGCGGAAGAGCGCUGAUUGGCUGUUCAAUUCACGCAUUCUCUGUUCCGCACGUCGAUUUCCGUAUCAUGGAAUCGCACCCUAAGGGUGCCGUGUAACGUACUCAGUACCUAUCUUUAUUGGGUUGGAAAUCUGAACGAACGUACCUCAAAGGGUUGUUUAUAUUUUUAUCGAUAAAAUUCCGAGUGUUUAGAAUUUAUGUGUAUAAUUUUAUAAUAUCGGAAAAAAAUAAAAUUUUUGAAAACUGCUAUGGAUAGACAUUAUACAAAUUACUUUGAAGAUUAUUCAACUUCUGUCAGUCACAAUGUAAUCAACAAUGAUUUUCAUAUGAUUCAUAAUGAAUUUACAUUAUUAUUAACAUCAGAAAUAAAAAAGUUAAUGAAGAUAUUGAAAGAAAAUGAAACAAAGUGGUAUAACAAUAGUGAUUGUUCUGUAUAUACUGGAUCAGCAGGAAUUGCAUUUACAUUUUAUCAUUAUGGAAAAUAUUACAAUGACUCUGCGUACAUCAAAGCAGCAACAGAAUUAUAGAAAUGUAUUGCAGAUUUCAAAAGCAGGCAUAAGACAACUUUUUUGACUGGAAUUGUAGGUCCAUAUGCAUUAGCAGCUGUAAUAUUUUAUUCGCAGGGAAAGAAAGAGGAAAUGAAACAAUUAAUUUCUAAGUUGAAGUCUUUAUCUAAUUAUGUUUUGGACCAACAUAAUGAUGUUCCUGAUGAAUUAUUAUAUGGAAGAGCUGGAUAUUUAGCUGGUUUGCUUUAUGUAAAUGCAAAUAUAUCUCCAGCUCCUAUAGAAGCAGAUCUAAUAACAAAGGUUAUUUCUUAUAUAAUAAAAUCUGGUAUAUCUUAUUCUUCAACAAAUCAUUGUCAAUCACCUUUAAUGUAUUCUUGGCAUGAUAAAGAAUAUAUUGGUGGUGCUCAUGGAUUAGCUGGCAUAUUAUAUUUAUUAUUGCAGGCACGACAGUAUUUAACACAAGUACAAAUUGACAAUUAUUUAAAACCAUCCUUAUACUAUCUUCAAAGAUUGCAAUUUUCUUCAGGAAAUUUCCCUUCUUCGAUAGGAAAUCCUUCUGACAAAUUAGUUCAAUGGUGUCACGGAGCACCUGGAAUAUCUAUGUUGUUCUGUUUGGCUCAUAAGAUAUUUGAGGAUAGCACAUUUCUAGACACUGCAAUACGAUGUGGAGAAAUAACAUGGGAAAGAGGAUUACAAAAGGGAUACAGCAUCUGUCAUGGUGUUGGGAAUGGUUAUACUUUUAUAUAUUUAUUUCAACAAACAAAGGACAUUAAGUACUUGUAUCGAGCUUAAUUUGCUGAAUGGUGUUUUCAUUAUGGCUCAUAUCAAAAUCGAUGUCCUGAUAGGCCUUUUCUUUGUUUGAAGGUAAGUAUAUUCAGUAAUAUAAAUUUAACAUGUAACGUAUUGUUAGUUGUAACUUCCCACUCAUAG